AGAGGAGUGUUAGCUCCUUUCCUUCUCUACUUUGCUCCUAUUCUUUCUAAGUCAACAUGAGUCGACCCUUUAGUUCCAGGUCUGGGUACCGGAGUGGAAGAAACUUCAGCUCUGGGUCUGCCGGGGUGGUCAGCUUACAGCGCAGGACCACUAGCAGCAGCGUGCGCUCUAGUGGAGGAGGUGGCGGGAGAUUUUCAGGUGGAAGAUGUGGUGGGGGUGCUGGUGGUGGCUUUGGAAGUCGGAGUCUCGUCAACCUUGGUGGCAGUAAAAGCAUUUCCAUCAGCGUGGCUAGAGGAGGUGGACGGAGUGGUUUUGGUGGUGGUUAUUACGCCGGUGGCUUUGGGGGUGGUGGUUUUGGUGGUGGUGGCUUUGGGGGUGGUUUUGGCAGUGGUGGUUUGGGUGGUGGCUUUGGAAGUAAGGGUGGUUUUGGUGCAGGUGGUUUGGUUGGAGGAGGUUUUGGGGGUGGUUUUGGGCCUGUCUGCCCCCCCGGUGGCAUACAGGAAGUCACUAUCAACCAGAGCCUUCUGCAACCCCUUCAUGUGGAGAUUGACCCUGAGAUCCAAAAAAUAAAGUCUCAAGAAAGGGAGCAGAUCAAAUCGCUCAACAACCAAUUUGCCUCCUUCAUUGACAAGGUGAGGUUCCUGGAGCAGCAGAACCAGGUGCUGCAAACAAAAUGGGAGCUGUUGCAGCAGAUGGAUACCUCCACUAGGACCCAGAACUUAGAGCCCUACUUUGAGUCAUACAUCAACAAUCUUAGAAAGAGAUUGGACCAACUGAAGAGUGACCAGUCUCGGAUGAAUUCGGAAUUGAAGAACAUGCAAGACUUGGUGGAAGAUUACCGGAACAAGUAUGAGGAAGAGAUCAACAAACGGACAAAUGCAGAGAAUGAAUUUGUGACCAUCAAGAAGGAUGUGGAUGCUGCUUAUAUGACCAAGGUGGACAUUCAAGCCAAAGUGGACAAUUUGCGUCAAGAAAUCGAUUUUCUCACAGCACUCUACCAAGCGGAGCUGUCUCAGAUGCAGACUCAUAUCAGUGAAACCAAUGUCGUCCUGUCCAUGGACAACAACCGCAACCUGGACUUGGACAGCAUCAUUGCUGAGGUCAAGGCCCAGUAUGAGGAGAUCGCCCAGAGGAGCAAGGCCGAAGCUGAGGCCCUGUACCAGACCAAGUAUGAAGAGCUCCAGGUCACUGCUGGCAAACAUGGGGAUAAUUUGAAAACGUCAAAGAUGGAAAUUUCUGAGCUGAAUCGGAUUAUCCAGAGACUUAGAUCUGAAAUUGACAGUGUCAAGAAGCAGAUUUCUGGGCUGCAGCAGUCCAUCAGCGAUGCUGAGCAGCGUGGUGAGAAUGCCCUCAAAGAUGCCCAGGGCAAGCUAAAUGAGCUGGAGGACGCCCUGCAGAAGGCCAAGGAGGACCUGGCCCGCCUGCUGCGUGACUACCAGGAGCUGAUGAACACCAAGCUGGCCCUGGAUAUGGAGAUUGCCACCUACAGGACCCUCCUGGAAGGAGAGGAGUGCAGGAUGUCUGGAGAGUGUGCCCCCAACGUGAGUGUGUCUGUGAGCACCAGCCACACCAGCAUCAGUGGAGGUGGCAGCCGAGGUUUUGGCUCAGGCGGCGGUAGCUACGGCACAGGAGGUGGCAGUAGCUACGGCACCGGAGGUGGCAGUUACGGCUCUGGAAGCGGCAGCUACGGCUCAGGAGGUGGCGGCGGCGGCGGCGGCGGCAGUAGUGGGGGACACAGAAGUGGUUCUGGAGGGGGCGGCGGCAGCUCUGGCGGCAGGGGUUCUGGCGGCGGCGGGAGUUCCCGAGGCAGCUUCGGCGGCUCCUCGGGAGGCUGGGGAUCCAGCUCUGGGGGCACCAAGACCUCUGGUGGCAGUUCCAGCGUGAAGUUUAUUUCCACCAGCCAUUCCCGAGGCUCCAGAUAAAGAGAUGCUUUUAUCCUAUCCUGUUAGCGCUUCCUCUCCAUUUCUACCAAAUAUGUUUGGCAAGACCAAAGUCAAUUGCCCCAGCCUUAUUGAAGAAAAAAGCUGCCAUUACUUUUAUUGGUUCAUCAUAUCUCCCCAGCUCUUUCUUUUCUGCUCUGCUUCCCAAAGUAGUUUUCAAAUCUUUGGUCACCUCGGUCCCCCACUAUGACCCUGCUUUGUGCUUUGCCUCAGAAACAGUUUAGCCAUCACCACUACACACAAUACAUUUCAAAGCACCUCCUAAGUCAGCCAGAGGAGGGUUAGACGCAGGUCUUCUUUCAUGCACGGAGUGCGCAUGCUCUGGACAGCUCCUUAAU